AGUCGGCGCCCAGGCGAUUCUGCCCCGGGGGGGACCGCGGCUGCAGCCGGCCCCAGGCGAGGCGGGGCGGGCGCAGCGAGGGGAGGGCGGCAGCCCCCGGCGCUGCCUCGCGACGGAAGUGGCCAGAGGAGGAAAUUCCCACUCGGCUGCCGGCUGCAGCCAGUGUCCCGCGGCGGCAGCGCCCCAGCGCCCCGGCCAGGUGCCGCUGCCGGGGAUGUGAAGGCGCCCAAGCCCCGGAUCAUGGCCAGCCCAGGGGCCCCUGGGGGAUGUGAUGUGCUGAUUGUGUAUGCCAGGGAUGCCAGUGAAUGGUGUCAGUACCUUCAGAACCUCUUCUUCUCAUGCCGGCAAGUCCGAAAGCAGCGGGUUCUGAGCUACGAAGUGGAGUACGGGACUGCCGUUCCCUGGGAGGAGUUUGAUCGAUUCAGCAGCAGCCGAUGCAUCAUCGUGUUGCUGUCUGCCGAGCUGGUGCAGAACUUUUACCUCCCUGACGUCCUUGGGAGCCUGCAGGAAGCUUUGAGGCCCCCACACAAAGUGGUCAAGCUGUUCUGUGGAGUGGAGGAUUGUGAUGACUAUUUAGGGUUUUUCAGGGACUGGGCCCAGUGGAAAGAGCUCACCUAUGAUGAUGAGCCAGAUGCCUACAUUGCAACAGUCAAGAAGACUAUUUCAGAAGACUCUGGCUGCGAUUCUGUGACUGAUACAGAGGCAGAAGACGAGAAAACCCCAGUUUAUUCCAGGAAACUUGCAAUGAGUCAGCAGCACGGGACAUCCGAGAGCACCCUGGGAGACCUGGUGGUGCAGCCUGACCGCAUACACUGUGGGGUGCAGACAACACUUUAUAUUAUCAUGAAAUGUAAACUGGAUUGUCAAGUGAGAACAGAAGUUGAAUUCUUUCCAGAGAAUGCUCAAUCUGUGCGUGUGCCAGCCAAGAUGGAAAAUGAAUACACUGUCUCUGUACAGGCUCCUGACUUAACAUCUGGAGCAGCAUCUCUGCGGAUAUAUUCAGGUGACUUGAUGUUGGGGGAAGCGAAUAUCAGCUAUUACAGUGACAUGGAAGAGAUCGGCAACUUGUUGGCCAAUGCAGCUAAUCCAGUGGAGUUCAUGUGCCAGGCCUUUAAAAUAGUACCAUAUAACAUAGAAGCUCUGGACAAACUGUUGACUGAGUCAUUGAAGAACAACAUUCCUGCAAGUGGCUUGCACCUGUUUGGAAUCAACCAGCUGGAGGAAGAAGAUAUGACAACAAAUCAGAGGGACGAAGAGCUGCCGACGCUACUUCACUUCGCUGCAAAAUAUGGUCUGAAGAACCUUACAGCGCUGCUGCUUACUUGCCCAGGAGCCCUGCAAGCCUACAGUGUAGCCAACAAGUAUGGGUACUACCCGAACAACAUUGCCGAAAACCAUGGCUUUAAGGACCUGCGGCAGUUCAUUGACGAAUACGUGGAAACUGCUGAUAUGCUGAAGAGUCACAUUAAGGAGGAGCUGAUGCAGGGCGAGGAAGAUGACUCUGUUUAUGAGUCCAUGGCUCACCUCUCCACCGACCUGCUGAUGAAAUGCUCCCUGAAUCCUGGCUGUGAUGAUGAGCUCUAUGAAUCCAUGGCCAACUUUGCCCCUGAUGCCACAGAUGAUCUGUAUGUCGAGAUGCUUCAGUCAAAACCCAAAGCCCCAGUCGCUAAAGACCAGCUUUCUCUGAAUAUAAAAGACUCUAUGAUCCGCAAAUUUUUAGAAGGCAGUAGCAAAGAAGUGCCAGAUUCAGAGGAUGAUCCCUACCAGCAGUGCGGUGAGGAUGAACUUUACUACACUGUGGAGCAGGAUGACUUCCCUCAGGAAAUGGUCAACAGACCUCCAGUUCCUGUUCCGAGGCCUGACUCCGGCUCCCUUCAUCAAGACAAGGAGCUGUACAUUUCCAAAGUAUUUGCAGGGAAAGCUCACGAAAGACCUGGGAAUCUGUAUGUCUCUGCAGGGAAGGUUAAGAAAGAGCCUGCAGUCAGGCUUGUCAGGGACCAGUCACAAUCAAGCAUAUACGACCCAUUCGCUGGGAUGAAAACCCCAGGUCAGCGGCAGUUAAUUACGCUACAGGAACAAGUCAAGAUGGGGAUACUCAAUGUUGAUGAAGCCGUGCUCCAUUUUAAGGAGUGGCAACUGAACCAGAAGAAGAGAUCGGAAUCAUUCCGGUUCCAACAGGAAAAUCUGAAACGGCUACGAGACAGCAUCACCCGGAGGCAAAUUGAGAAGCAAAAAACAGGAAAACGUUCAGACUUGGAAAUCACAGUGCCUAUACGACCAUCUCACAAUGCUCCUGGGAAACUGGAAUGUGGCAUUUAUGAAUUUGGCCCCAGGAAAAAUGUUUUCCCACCAAGAAAGGAGAUAAAGCGAGGAGAGUGGAAAACAGAAAGCACCUCUAGCACUGCAAGUAGUGCCAGUAACCGAUCGAGUACUCGAAGUACAUUGAGUGUUAGUAGUGGGAUGGAAGGUGACAGCGAGGAUAAUGAAAUCCUGGAAGCUACCAGAAGCCGCAGCCCAAUACCCCAGCAAGUGGAGAGGUUUCCCCUCAUGCUACCUGAAAGGCCUCCGAGAAUACCUCCCCGAGGUGCAAGCAGGCCUGUAAGCAGCGAAAACUUUUUUCCUCCACCUGUGCCCCCACGAGGUCGCUGAAUCCUGAGAUCAUUGGAAUAUGAGAUAUUCUAGUGUGUUAUGUGUACAGAUAUAUAUAGAAAAAAAAUAUAUAUACAGACAUUUUAAAGGAUCUUUUUUACUAUUUAUAGAUGGAAGCCAGAUGAUUUCCCCCUCCCUGCCCCCCAGCUCUGGUGCAUUUUGUAUUAACAUUUCACUGAGAAAUCGCCCAGCCUUUUGUGACAUUUUUUUUUCUUGGAGUGUCUUGGGACUUCUAGAUUUUAAGGAAAAACUAUCCAAGGUGGCAAAGAGAAUUUGGACGAGUCUUCUGACAGUUUUACACCUCAUAUGGGGUUACACCUCUCAUCAAGAACAUGCUGUCCUCAUUGGAACCCUACACCCCGAGAGUUGUAAAAACAACUAAAGAGAGUCACUGGAAAAUGUUAAAAAAAAAAAAAUGUAAAAGCUCCUUUCAGAGACUGUCUUCAAAGAAUGCUUAUCAUGAGCUUCAUCGAAAGAGUGGAUCUCAGUAGUUUGGUAGUGUAACAUUUGAACACUGGCUCAUUCCCACCAAAUCUCCUGUAACGGAUCUUCCUUUAAUAGUUAUUGGACAUGAUGGUUUUGCAAAAAGGGCUAUGUGAAGACUUCCUUAUUCAAGCAAAAGUCAUUUUUAUACAGCCCUUUUCUCCGCCCACCCCAUUGUCUUUGGAUGGGGAAAGACACUAGUGAGGUGCUAUAUACACUGCAUUGGAUGCAAGACUCCCUAACAGCUGGUGAGGGAAUUGCUCUGUCACAUGAAACAGCUCUAUAUACAUGCCUUCUAGGGGCUUUGUUACUUUAAAUCCAAAUCGCUGACCUCUUGCAUUAGGGGAAGAAAUUUUUAGCAGUCCUUUGACCUUCCCCCUUCCCUGUACGCGUUUGAGUAUCAUAUCCGUGUUAAGGCUGUUUAUGCCCUGUAAUAGCGUGUGUUGAUAAGGUGUAUGUAUUUUGUGGCUCAAAUAUGGAUUUAAUUGUUGCUUACUUCACUGGGCACAGACAUCCCAUUCAGUGGUUGGGUUUUGCUUGCUCAACCUGUUUAGCAUCCUGUUUAGCAAAGCUGCACCUACAGCAGCCAUGUCCAACCAAAUCCACCUGAGAGGUGAGUGUUUUCAAAAAGGUCAAAGGGCUUCUUAGUUUUGCUCCCCCUUGUGCCACUCAGAUGGCACAAGGAGCAAAAACCACUGCUAAGUCCUCAUCACAGAGAGUUGGGGUAGCUGGCUUUCAGGCCUGGGGUGAGGAAAACACAGGGAGCUCCAGCAAUCCCUGGCUGACAUGGCUCACAGGGAACCUUUGAUGGCUGGCACAAGUUAGAGGCUACUCUGCCCCUGCCCAGGGUAGAGAAUUGGGUAGCAAUAACUUGUUGGUUCUCAGCUUCUCUCCCUGUGGUAGCUGUGUGGGGGAGAGGAGCCAUCCCUUUCUAGCUGAACCCAGCCCUCUAGUCUCAGAGAGAGCUCAGGUAAGCAGGUGACAGAGCAACCAGAGUUGCAGUUCCCCAUCUCCUGCAAUACAGAAAGUGGCCAAUGGAGGGAGUUGCUGAAGAAGGAAUCCACUGGGUGUCUCCUACUGUUGCUUUGUAGAGAUGUGGGUCAUUCAAACAGUUCAGGGUGGCACUUGUGAAAUGCAUCUUCAGUUCACAAUCAAGUGCAAACUCUCUUUUCAGUGCAGCUCUACGUAGCUCAGAAGCUCAUCCCUUCUACCAACAGAAGCUGCUCCAAUAAACAAUAUUACCUCACCCUCCUCGUCUCAUAUACUGCAAGCAAGCGCCAUGGGUGCUCCUUUAAAAGUACAUGAGUGUUCUCCUCCACUAACCAGGUGUUACUCGGAACACUACAGGCUCUGAAUGCUGGCUUGCCAUAGCUUGCUGGUGACUUGCUUUAGGCGGGGGGAAGUGUUGAGAUGCAGAGAGCAGGAGUUGGGUUUGUGUCCCUUUCCCUAGUGGGCGCAGUCCCCAGCACUUUUCCAUUUAACUGAAAAAAAGUUUCUUUACCUAAUCGAGGAGAAAAUGAAACUGCAAAUGGAAGGAAUGAGUUAAAGGAAAUAAAACUGAAGAGGAGAGUUAAUUCAGGGGCCAGAUCCUGCUCAGUGCUCACUUCUGUUUUACGUUGCACACUUCUUGGUGGGUUCUGCCCUUUGGUUUAUCCCUGUGCAACCAGCAGCUCCUUUGCCUCUGUAGCUCUCUCGUGCUCUGCCCCUAAGGUCAGUUCUGUGCUGCAGCACUGCAGGAAUUAACUGCUUUCCUAUCUCCCAGGGUAUAUGAACUGAGGAAUGUGGGGCAGAAGGAAAAGAGCAAAGCAUGAAGAUGCCCCUCUCCCAAUUUCAGAACAUUUCCUUUCCAGAUAAACCUGUAGCCAUUGUAUGUUAAACUUGCAGUCGUUCUCAAAAUGUGGGUUGGGACCCCAAAAUGGGUUGCAACCCCGUUUUAAUGGGGUCGCCAGGGUUGGCUUAGACUUGCUGAGGUCUGGGGCUGAAGCUGAAGCCCUAGCCCCACCACCUGGCCCCGAAACCCGAGGGCUUCAGCCCUGGGUGGUGGGGCUCAGGUUACAGGCCCCCUGCCUGCUGCUGAAGCCCUUGGGUGGCUUGGGCAGGGUCAGGCUUCGGUUCCCCCGCCCUCUGGGGUCAUAUAGUAAUUUUUGUUGUCAGAAGGGGGUCGGGGUGCAAUGAAGUUUGAGAACCCCUGUGUUAAAGCAGGCAUGCAGGCUGUGGGUGAGGGGGAGAGACUGCACUCUGUCCAUUCAACCCUGGCUAACUCUGACUCUGUACCACUAGAGGACACUGUCACACACAUUUCCUCUAAUGUGAGUUUGGUCAGAGGCACAUGUUCUGAUGGCGUCUCCGCGGUGGAAUUUUACUGGAAUGAUUAAGACCUUAUGGUUGAGCUCAGCAGUGAGCUGCGCCUCACUUGUUUCAGCUGCUUAACUGGCAUCUAAAAACAACC